GUUGUUUCCGACCGGACUUAUUUUUGUAGCGACACAGCUAACAUGGACGCCACAUCGAAGCGGAUUUUGGAGUAUCUGACAGAAGUGGAAGAGGCGGCUGAGGAUGUUCUCACAAAUAAACAACAGAUUGUCGACUUGGACGCAAAGAGAAAUAGGAACAGAGAGGCGUUGAGCGCACUGCGAAACGACAUACCAGAUUCAGAGAAAGUGAAGGUUUGUUUUGGAAACAUGUUCAUCAAACUUCCCAAGUCAAAGACCAGAGAAAUGAUUCAGAGAGAUCAGGAACAGCUAGACAAGGAAAUAAACGACCUUCGCAAAGGACUGAAAGCAAAAGUGAAUCACCUCCAAGAGCUGCAAGGAAAACCUGAGCUGAGAGGCUACAGCCUUUCUCCUCUCUCUGCUGAUGAAAUCAAAGCUAUCAACAGCCUUCUAAAGAGAUGACUUCAGCAGAAAGUUAUGUGGACUGCCUCUUAGCUGUUCUGGAGCCGGCUUAAGCAUCGCAGAGCACGCUAACAAGCCGCCAAAAGCCUCACCGGCAAAUCCCCAAAACAACAUUGGUGCAGGCAGUGCUGUAAUGUGAUACCUUAAGGAUUUGAUGGCACACUUUAUUCUACUUUGGACGGUGGACAGCUUGUGUGUGGUUGACCUCUUCCCAUCAUGCCAACGUCUUUUUUUUAUUUUGUACAUUUUUUUUCUUCAUUUACAGAGUUAAGGCUGUCAUUUUUCUCCCUGAGACAUCAAGUUUAUAGUUCGUCCCACCCUCCUCCCCCUCACUUGGUCAAGUUCCCACCCCAUUUGAUGAGUUAUUUACUUUGAAACAACAUCUAACCUGAGGCGAAAAUAACUGAUGUUUAAGAAGCAGGUGGUGUGGAGGAAGAAGAAAAAAAAAAAACACUGACCGCCUUCUUUUGGAACAAGUUUUGUGUUGCACAUGCAGGUCUGCCGUGU